UUCUGGAGGAGGAAGGGGAGUGAAGUGCAGUGAGAGGAGGGGGGAUAUCUGCUCAACUAGCAGCCAUCAGGCUAACGGUAGGUAGCACUGGAGUAAACAUGGAGCUGUCUGCCGUCGGGGAGAGGGUAUUCGCGGCCGAGUCUAUCAUCAAGCGGAGGAUAAGGAAGGGUCGCAUUGAGUACCUGGUGAAAUGGAAGGGAUGGUCGCCCAAAUACAGCACUUGGGAGCCAGAGGAGAACAUUUUGGACUCCCGUUUGUUUGCCGCUUUCGAACAGAGAGAGCGUGAGCGGGAGCUGUAUGGGCCCAAAAAGAGGGGACCGAAACCAAAGACGUUUCUACUUAAGGCGCAGGCGAAAGGUAAAACCAAGUCUUAUGAGUUCAGGAGCGAAGCAGUGCGAGGGAUGCACAUUACGUACCCAACCCCCGAGCCGGUCUUCACCCCCAGGGCUAGAGAAGGCCUGAGGGCUGUCGUUCCCACCAUCUUCCCGCCGAGCGCCGUCAACCGUGGAGAAAGCAUGCGCGUGCGACCUUCUGAACUGAGUCUCCACGGGCACCAGCGAUCUUCCCUUCAACAUUCUGAUUCAGACGGCACCGUCCAAGCACCCAAAAAAAGGGGGCCGAAGCCAAAGCCCCGCUUUGUAGACGCCGACUUCAGCCCGGUCGUCUCCGAGCCACGCAAGAGAAGAGCAGAGGAGGAGGAGGAGGAGGAAGAGGAAGAGGAGAGACACGGUCCUCACAAACUGUCCAAGUUCCAGGGAGCUGAGGAGAUGAGGUUGCAGAAGCUGGCCCACAGACACUCAGAGAACCACAAACACCACCAGCACCACCACUAUUAUCAUCAUCAUCAUCACCACACACAGAAAGUCUCCCAGCUCCACUCUCACCGGAGCCUGGAGCCACACAGGACUACAGACGGCUCCAGCUACCUGGUGGCGGCGCACCUCAAGCACCACCACAAAGCGAGCCGCGGCCCACCCACCGAGUUCCCGCCGAUGGAGAAGCCUUACUUUCUGGACAGGCAGUCUCCGACCAGGUUCGAUGACAGCCAGGACCAAACGGCCUGGAGGCCGUGCCUCAGCAACGUGGAGAAGGUGCUGGUGACGGACGUGACCGCCAACUUCCUGACUGUCACCAUCAAGGAGAGCAGCACCUCCAAGGGCUUCUUCAAGGACAAAAGAUGAUUCUGGAAGUUUAUGGGAUAUUUAAGCAAAGCUGUUUUUGUAUGUAAUGUAUAAAGGAGUAUUAUAUAAAGUCUGGUAUAUAUUUAAUGUUUUGACCAAAUGAUAUGAGGUCCGUUUUACCUGAGGUGUUGGUGAAUGUGACGUUUCCUUUGCAGCAGAAUGCUGCUUUCUGUACAGAGCUCCUAAAUUUCACUAUUUUUCCAUCUAAAACCAGCUAGAAUGUAUUUUUUUCCCCUCAUAUCUUCCAAGCUGAGUUCAAAAGAAAAAGAUACCCAUGUCUUAUAUUUAAUCUAUUAUUUGAACUGGUUAUCCUGACAGUGUAUCUGUAAAACUAAAAAAACUGGAGCACUUUGAAUACAGUAGUAUUAAAAAAUUGUUUUGUUUUGUCCUAAAGAGUUUUGUAAUGUCUUGUUUUUUGGGGUUUUUUUUUUUUUUAAUUAAACCUUUUUUUUUUUUUUUUCCUUCAAGGUGCAUUUAUCAAUUUUUUCCCAAGAAUAUACGUCAUUUUACAUUUUUCAUAGAUAUGUUUGCCGUAACAGAAAGUUGUCAGAUUGCUUUUUAGAUGCUUUUCAAUAAAUCAGUUGAGUUUG